UUCAACAGUUGGGCCACGACGAUUCCGCCAUAAGCAUUCCGGCGUAUAUUUCUUCCGUUUAGUUUCCGUUUGGCCGUGCUGGCGGUAACAUCUCGCGCGCGUGCAGCCUCAGUCCUUCGGGCAGUUUGUCAGGGGAUAUCUUCUAUGGUGGUCGUGGUAACCUGGAGUGGGCGUUUUGGAGUCCAUAGAGGAAGUGAAGUGCGGGAGUGUCGGUUUUAUCACUUGCAUCUCAUGUUGUUGAACCUGUCGCCAGUUCAUAUCCGAGUGGGAUGCUCUUACUCUAAUCAGUGAUGUCUUUUGUUUGAUGAUCUUCACGAUCGCAGUGAUUAGCAGCGGCAGCUACCGUCGUGUGUGUGCGGACUUUAAAAAUCCCAUUCAGACGUUCGUAUUGUAGGUUAGUUUGCGCGGCGAAGAAGUUUUUAAUUGGACGGAAGUCACGUUGUAGAGGAAAAAAAUAACAAUAUCCGUAGAUCGGGGACGAUUCACAGUGAUAUACCGCGAGCUGCAUAGAAUGUUGGCAACCGGCAGGCGUGCUCAACAUUGACAGGGAGAGAGCUCUAUUUUAUUAUUAUUCAAAGUGCACAUAAUCUAUGCCGCCGAGGUGUUUGCAUUGUGUUAUGAUUGAGCUGGACUUUGCAUAAUUUUACGUAAACUUAACAACAUUGAACCGGCUCGGCCAGACUUCAACGGGUGGUACUGCAAAAAGUGAUAAUUUAAAUGAGACACCAGUGACAGGCGAGGUGAUUUAUAAGCCUUGCCAGAAGUCGGUCGUCUGCUGGCCAUUAUCAGAGGAUUAUCGUAGCUCAGCAGGACGCAUUCGUAGGAUUAUGGUCUGCUGCAGAGUUAUGAGGUUUGCCUAAUAUAUCGCUGCCAAACGGUGUCCAUGAACCAUACAUCCUUGAGACAAAAUGUUUGUAGUUGUAAAUACUAAUUGAAGUGUAAACUGUAUCGCGUCCAAUCAAAAUCAAAGCGUAGAACCGAUUGGCCUAAACAGUCGCUCACGCUGAGUAAUUUUUGUUGCUGGUUGGAAUACUAAUUGGUGCAGCCGAUUACGGACACACUGUGUCAAUUGAAAAAGAAUCUGCCACCAUGUCAUCAACAAGUUUGGAUGGCAUAAUUGAAGAAAAUAGGACCGGCUUCUCUUUGGACACCAACCUGGCGUUGACCUUGACAGAGUCAAUUUCGAAGACUGGUAGCUCCAGCAUGGAUGGGUCGAGUUUAACCAAUAAGGAACUGUUUACUGGCAGCGUCGAGGCUGGUAUCAAUGGGCAGAAAAGUGCUGAAGGAGUACAAGAACAGGAACCCGCAUUUUAUUGUGGAUGGUUUAGCGUGCGACCGCACUGGAUUCAGAGAUUCAUGACUCCAAAGUGGGCGUUAUUUUGGCUUUGCUGGGCCGGUGCUGUGCAAGGACUGGUUGUCAAUGGUUUCAUCAACGUUGUCAUCACGACCAUCGAGCGGCGUUUUGGUUUAAGAUCAACACAGACUGGACUAGUGGCGAGUGGAUACGAUAUCGCGUCGUUCCUGUGUCUGGUGCCGGUGUCCUACUUUGGCGGCCGGCUGGGAGCUUCUAAACCACGCUGGAUUGGCUGGGGUGUGGUGGUCAUGGGCUUAGGAGCGUUUGUUUUUGCACUACCGCACUUUUUGGUGGGGCAAUACCGGGCAGCCAAUUCCGAGCAAAACGUGUGCUCGGCUGUUGCAUCGACCGUCGAGCUUUCGAUCAAUGAUACCGCGGCCAGAGCUGCCCGACUGCUGCGGGAGAGUUGCUCGCUGAACGGUGAUUUUGCGGCGAACGGUGGUGGGGAUGGCAGCGAGAAUCUCUCCUGGAAUGUGUGGUUUUUCUUCUCCGCCCAGCUGCUACUGGGAGCCGGAGCAUCCCCGUUGUACACCCUGGGUGUAACGUAUAUCGACGAGAAUGUCUCCAAGAAGAUGUCAUCUGUUUAUUUAGGAAUCUACUACACGAUGGCCGUUGUGGGACCAGCUGCUGGCUACGUGAUUGGGGGACAACUGCUGCUCUUCUACACCGAUAUGUUCGUGAUGGACUCUUCGGCGUUGGGCCUCACGCCUCACAGCAAGGUUUGGGUAGGCGCCUGGUGGAUUGGAUUCGUUUUUAUGGCUGCCUUCUGUCUGCUGCUAGCGAUACCGAUACUGGCUUACCCUCGGGCGCUGCCCGGCUCGGAGAAGUUGGAGAAAGUUUCCGAAGCGCACAAAGGUGAUGCGGAUCAGGACAAGCAGACGUUUACGAAAAUCAGGGAAAUCCCUAAAGCGCUCGUUGCACUGCUGAAGAAUCCGACGUUUUUCUUCCUGAACCUGGCGGGAGCUUCGGAGGGACUGGUCAUAUCGGGCUUUGCCGUGUUCCUGCCGAAGCUGAUCGAGAAUCAGUUCAGUAUGACGGCAGUCUGGUCGGCGUUGCUAAUGGGUAUCAUCACUGUUCCGGCCGGUGGCGGUGGCACUUUCCUCGGAGGCUACCUCGUGAAGAAGCUGAACCUCAGCUGCUCCGGUAUCAUUCGGUUUUGUUUGUUCGCGACAAUAUUUGCCGCGUUGUUCACAAUCUGUUUCUUCCUAUCCUGUCCGAAUCUGAUAUUUGCCGGUGUAACAGCUCCGUACUUCCCGCUGGAGAAUCUCCGCACACCGGUAGCACAUUCAACGGAAUUCUUCGUUCUGCCGAAGACUCUUGACAACGCGUGUAACAGUAAAUGCUCGUGCAGUAAAAUAAACUACGAACCGAUUUGCGGAGCGGAUGAAGUUAUGUACUACUCUCCCUGUCACGCGGGAUGCACUGAAGAGGUGAAUCUGGAGAACACAAAAGUCUAUAAGGACUGCGCCUGUAUCAACGCUACGUUCGGGCAGAAUGAACCAUAUCGGAGCUACGACGCGGUGAACACGAUGUGUGAAUCACAAUGCAACCACCUGUGGAUGUUCGUGGUUCUCUGCUUUCUGGUAAUGUUUUUCACGUUUCUUGCCACGAUGCCGGCUCUCUCGGGCACGCUGCGUUGUGUUCACGAUGACCAGCGUUCAUUCGCGCUGGGAAUCCAGUGGAUAAAGGUACGGGUGCUGGGAACUAUUCCGGCGCCAAUGAUUUUUGGCCGGCUGAUCGACGAGACGUGCAUUCUGUGGCAGGAAUCGUGCGAUGAUCAUGGAGCUUGCCUGGUGUACGACAAUGCGUUUAUGAGCAAGUACAUGCUCCUGCUAGCGUUGAUUGGAAAAGCGUGCUCUGUCGUGUUUUUCUUCGGCGCCUGGUUUUACUACAUUCCACCGAAGGCUGUGCGGAAUGGCAGCGAAGACGACACGAACAAGAUGCAACAGGUGAACGGGGACGCAAAACACGUAGAGAAAUACUGAAUACGGGUUUCAAUGCCAAUUCGGGUUACGUCUGUUUCUCUCGGAUUUUUUUCUUAUAUGCAAUGUUACAUCGUGUCGGCUAUUCGAAAUAUAUACCAUAACUAAUAUAACAAAUUCAUUAUCAUUACCAAGUCGCUUCCAGUCAUUUCAUUCAUUAACUAGUAGGUGAAAUAUUUCUAACGAGUUCACUGUUUUGUACCAAAUAAUAACAAUAGUUGAAGUAUCGAUGUAGGUAUUAUGUGUUUUGUAAUUGUGGAUUAUUGCUGGUAUAAAGUACUGAAAGAGAAUUGUUUUUAUUUGUUUUUGGAUAAGUUGCCUGCGAAAGUAUUUGAUAGACUGAAAGUUUUAAUUUAUUUAUUUUCAAUCAUUAUUUUCUUAAUGUUAUUGAUUAUUGUACUGUGAACUGCUGUGUGUUGAAUGUAAUAAGAUUUGUUAAUUUUAAUCAUAUAAACGAAAGGAAGAUACACUCGUCCCACUAUUGUUAAUCGACUAACAGAUCUCUGAACACGAAAAGGAUUUAGACAACCUAAUGACCAACCAUUGCGAUUUUAUUGAACGUCUAAUUUCUUAUUCUUUCAAUCGAAUGCAGGUCUUUUCAUUCGAACGUUAUUUGUUAUUCAGUAUUUAUGAAAAACAAGUAGAUGUGGUUGAAAUAUCAUAAACAGGCUGAUUACAAAAACCAUUUGUUUACAGGCAGUUUUAAAAAUAGGAUCUUCAUCACUGAACUGAAAACCGGGUUGGGUUUUAACCCAAAAUACAUACGAAUUAACUUCGUCCCUACAACUGCUAUUUCUAUUAAUGCUAUUCUAUCAAUAGCAUUAAUUUAAAGCCAAUAACUGAAUUACCUUCCAAGAUUUCCUAGCAAAGGUGGCAUUAGACAGCUGAAAUACACGUAUACAAUUUUCGCACAAACAUUUUUUUCUUUCCAAUAUUCUCUACAAUUAUUAUACUCAACAGUAAGUUAAACUGUAAAACUAUCACAAGAAAUUAAUAUGUUGAUAUCAGUAUUUCUGGGCAUAGUUUAAUGUACAAAAAAAUUAGAUUCACAAUUUUUGUGAGUAAUUUACAACGUUUAGUGGGAAAAGUGCAUUAUUUGAUGUACACUCAUUUCUAAGCAUAAUUCUGUGUAUAGUUUGUAUUU